AAUUACAGAGGCCAAAAUCGGAAGAGGGUGAGAAUUCAGCACCAAGAAGUGUGACGAAUAAUUGGACACCACAGCCUAAGUGUAUCCUAUAUGAUUGGUGUGACAAGGAAUGCAAAGUAGCCGAGGGUCGUUUUCUGUCAUCGGAUGAAAUGGAGUUUGUUAACAAUGUGCCAUUGGGCCCUAAUUCAGUUAAGGUGGUAGUUGAGACGGCUAUUGAAGUAGAUGCAUUUCUUUGGAGACCGGCGCCAAAAAUUUACACUAUUGGUCAGGCUGUAGGAGAAACAGUUGCGUGGCCUCAAGAUUCUCUUCUUGUUCUUGACGAGGAGAUCGAUCCAGAUCACAUUCUUGGUAAAAGCCCUGAGACAGUAGAGAAGAACAACUGCAAACUUCUACAUUGGUUAACACAGGAUGAAGAAACAGUUGCUGAAGGUCGUUGGGAGAGUCGUGAUCCCAAAGCCUUGGUGGAUGGCCUUCCUCUUGGACCAAAUGCUGUGAAAGUAUAUGUAGAUGCGGUGACGUUACCUCAGACUUUUCUUUGGAGGCCAACAGAAAAACACUCAACCCUCGGUGAUUGUUUGAAGUCGUAUGUAGCAUGGCCUCUCAGCAGAGUUUCAUUCGACAGUUUAAACUCUGAGUCACCAGCUACAGAAUCUCCUAUUACGCAGUCACAAGUACACACUCCACCGGCUCCUGCUAAGAUUUCAAAACCAGUGGCACAAACUCCUUCAAGCUCUCGGAAGAUUGUGAAAGAAGGUCAGAAGUGCAAACUGCUCGACAUUACCGGUCAGAAAGUUGUUGUUGCAGAAGGACGCUGGUCUUCAAACAACCCAGAACAGUUAGUGCAUUUUGUUCCUUUGGGAAAAAAUGCAGUUCGUGUGUGGGUUGAUGUAGUCAAGGUGGAUGAUGCCAUGGUUUGGAGGCCUACAUCUGCAAUCGAGUGUAUGGAGGAUGCUAUUGGUACCACUAUAGCAUGGCCUGAAGACAAGGUUGUCAUCGUGUGAGGAUGAAUAAGAACGUAUGGUCUUCUAUUUUCAUUGCUUUAGAACUUAUGAACUUAUGGUACUUAGUGCAAAUGACACUUGUGUUCUUACUUUUGAACUUAAUUAUGAUAUGGUAUUUCUAUUAUGAAAUUUCAGACUUUGUUUACUU